UCGUCUUAUAAAUAAGUCUGAGUGAAGUCCCAAGACACUUAUUUCUUUAUCAUAAAUCAUUCGGAUAUACGGACUACGGAGUACGUAGUAUAUAAUAAUAAUGAAUAAAUACGAAAUGUGCAGAGAAGAUGAUGCCGUACGUGCACCACCCAAGCACCAGAACGUGGCUCUAAUCAUCGGCGUCACCGGCAUUGUUGGAGCAAGCCUCGCCGAAACCCUCCCUCGCUCCAACACACCCGGCGGCCCUUGGAAGGUAUACGGCGUCGCUCGCCGUCCGAUCCGGUCCUGGAACACCACCGACCACCACCCCCCAAUCGAGUUCGUCCAGUGCGACAUAACUGACCCAGAAGCUGCCCAAUCCAAGCUGACCGUACUGACCGACGUAACGCACGUCUUCUAUGUUACGUGGGCCAGCCGGCCCACGGAACUGGAAAACUGCGAGGCAAACGGGAAGAUGUUCAGCAACGUCUUGAAUGCGGUCAUCCCCAGCUGCCCGGGCCUGACUCACAUCUGCUUACAAACGGGCCUGAAGCAUUACUUCGGCCCGUUUGAGUCGUUUGGAAAAGCGGCCCAUGAAAUGCCCUUCCACGAGGAUCUCCCGCGGCUGGGCGUACCGAACUUCUACUACACCCUCGAGGACAUCCUCUGGGAAGAGGUGAAGAAGAAACCGGGUCUCACGUGGUCCGUGCACCGACCCGGUUUGAUAUUCGGGUUCUCCCCGAGCAGCAUGAUGAACACGGUGGGCUCGCUCUGUGCAUAUGCGGCAAUAUGUAAGCGCGAGGGACUGAGAUUCAGAUUCCCGGGGGUGAAAGCGUGCUGGGAAGGGUACACCAACGGCUCAGAUGCGGAUCUGAUCGCGGAGCAGGAGAUUUGGGCCGCGGUGGAGCCAGCCGCCAAGAACGAAGCUUUCAAUGUGAGCAAUGGAGAUGUGUUCAGGUGGAAGCAGCUGUGGGGGGUGAUCGCGGAGCAGUUCGGUCUGGAGGUCCCGGAAUUUGAGGAUGCGGGGCCGGCGAUGAGCUUGGAGGAGAUGAUGAAAGGGAAAGGGCGUGUUUGGGACGAGAUUGUUAGGGAAAACGGGCUGUUGCAGACGAAGUUGGAGGAGAUUGGUCAAUGGUGGCUUGUGGAUGUAUGCUUUAGCGUGUGUGGUCCGUUGGAUAGUAUGAACAAGAGCAAGGAGCAUGGGUUCUUUGGAUUUAGGAACACCAAGAAGUCUCUAAUUGCUUGGAUCCAUAAGGCGAAGGCUUGCAAGAUUGUUCCUUAGUGAUUCCCAAAUAGGAUUAAAUAUUGCUGUCAGGUUUGGAAAGUAUUGCCAUGUUUGAAGUCUGGUACUGCCAAAACAUAACAGUAUUUAGUCCUGUUUUGAGAAUAAAAUCAUGACAGUCCUAUUUUGGAAUUUUCAAACCUUUUUAGUCCUAUUUCGGGUAAUAUUCUCUUCAUAAAACCAAAUAAUGCCUUAAAUCUCCUACAUUCCAUCCCCACUUUGAGUGUCGACAAAAAUAAUCUGAACUAGUAAUGAUGUUCAUAAGAAUAAAUUUG